UAUUGUUCAAAGACUAUGUUCUCCUUCAGGUUUCAGAGGAGUGUCUUGGACCUGUCGUUGCAGUGGAGGUUUGCCAGGCUGCCCAACAAUGCCAAGCUGGAGAUGGUGCCAGUCACUAACAGAGCAGAAGCUGGAACCACGGUUCGGAUAGCAUUACAACUAGAUGAUGGCUCCCGUUUGCAAGACACCUUCCUCUGCCAACAGACUCUGUGGGAACUUCUCAAUCAUUUUGCAAAAAUCAGGGAGUUGAUGGAACAGCAUGGUGAAUUCUCUCCAGUCUGUAUUUACAUGCGAGAUGAGAUAUCAGGAAAAGAUGCCCUGGAGAAGACAACACUGAAGUCACUUGGCCUGACUGGAGGCAGUGCCAUUGUCAGAGUUGUCAUGAAGAAACGCAGUUCAUCUGGUCAGGAGGAAGCUGUGGGCGCCAUGGUGCCUUGUAAUGAGCCAACAGUGAGGCCACGCUCUAUGGAGGGAGCAGAGGAUGUGCUCCUACCUCAAGCAACCACAUUCCCAAAGGACUUGGACCACAGGGAUGUGGCCAUGUCUUUAAACAGCAGCACACACAAGCAAGACUCGACUAAAGAAACUCAUGCUAGCUUGGAGGAACUGUGGCCUUCCUCAGAGCCCGAACAUACCCCAUUUGUUCCUUUUUUUGGAGAUGGAGAGCGUCUGGGGGAUUCUUCUGUAGCUACACCAUCCUUUGGGUUAGAUAUGCCAUCUUCAAAGAUGCCAACAACUUUUUCCAGCCCUGGAGGCCCUUCUAAGCCAAAGAAGUCUAAGAACAGCCAAGAAUUUCAAAAGGAGCGAGAACAGCUUGUAGAACGAGAGCCCCUUGUGUGUCACUUAGACCUGCUGGAACAACUUCCUGAUGGCCCAGAAGAGCUUCCUGAUGAAUUCUUUGAAGUCACGGUGGAUGAUGUACGGAAACGUUUGGCACAGCUGCAGAGUGAGAGGAAACGCCUGGAAGAGGCUCCACUAAUGACAAAGUCUUUGAGGGAAUCUCAGCUGAAGGAGAAGUUGGAGCGUUACCCAAAGGUGGUGCUGAGAGUUCAUUUUCCAGACCGCCAUGUCCUGCAGGGGUUCUUCCAUCCCAGUGAAACCGUUGGCAUUUUGAGAGACUUUGUAAGAAGCCACCUUGCCGAUCCAGAGUUGCCAUUUUACUUGUUUGUUGCACCUCCCAGAAUCAUCUUGAACGAUGAAAGUCUGACACUGUUUGAGGCUAAACUCUUUCCAACUGCUGUAAUUCAUUUUGGAUCUGAGGAGUGCAGGGCUUGUUACCUGAAAUCAGACCUGCUGAGCUCUGCAGUUUCCCCUUCUGCAGCUGAUUUAUUAGUAGCCAGGUGUUUUUCCAGGUCAUUAGUUCCUUCUGCUUCAUCGUCUGUAGCAUCGAGAGCUCCGUCCCUGCCUGAACCAGAAGCGGGAAGCGACAAAAAGAGCAGCGAGUGUCCGGAAGCAGCCAGCACACAGGGAGCUCUGCAGGGCUUGAGAAGGACCCCUGGGAAAAUCCCCAAAUGGCUGAAGCUGCCAGGUGGAAAGAGAUGAAGCAUCCUGGGCUGCUGGAUCAGUGAGCAAUCAGCUGUCCCCCUGUCUUGAUGAACUUACUCAGAAUGUGUAAGAAAUUGUUAGUGGCCCUGGAGAGCUAAUCCGUAUGAACAUUAGUUAUAAAAAGAGAAUUGCUAUUUCAGAUGCUAGUUGCACCUGGUGGAGGAGUGGAAGGCCUGUUUAUGGUCUUUGUGACUACAGAAGCAAGGUUAGAAGUUAAAUUUAAGGUUUCUUGCAUGCAAAUAAUAAGCAUAGAGAAAUAAGUGGGAUAUAAUUUCUAUAUACUUUCUGCGAAGGACUUUGUUUCUGUCCAUAUUUUUAAAUUCAAUCUUCCCAGUUCUACCUUCAGAGAUCACUUGAGUCUGUCUGCCUGGAUUCUAGCAUCAAGAUACAAUCUGGUUCAGCUUUAACUAUAGUUGUUAAGUGAUGCCUAAAACGACUUCUCUCUGCUUCUUGCUGGGUGGGGUUAGUGCUGCCGAUAAUUUUGGAUAUAGAUACCUGGAAAGUGAAUGAAGAGGAAGCACUUAGGUCACUUAAACCAGUUCAGUUGGCCUUUCCUGUGAACCUCUUGGGCUGCUGCCCUUGUAUUGUGUUCAGUUGCCAGAAUCUUACUAACAAAGAACACAGGUAUCUGUUCAUAGAAUGCCUCUUGAGAUUAUUUCUGCCCUAAGCUCUAGUUCUAUUUUCACUGUGUAUGAUUAACACCAGUAAUUACAGCAAGGAAAAAGCCAUCCAGUUAAAGGGUCUCUUUGGUUGGUGGUUGGAGUGUUCCUGGAGCAGGGUGGCCAUGCCCUGCACCACCACUCGUGUUGGGGGAAAGCCCCAGUCUGGGUCCUUGCCUUCUGCAGAUGUCAUGUGGGGAUGAAUGUUGUUGGUUAGAAUUGCCAUUACACUGGAGAUGAACUCUGUAGUGCCACGGCAGCCAUGGUGCUGGAUUCUAUUUGAAGUCUUCUCCGUGGGUCAGUGAUCCAUGGAGAGCUGGGGUUCCAUGGUAUAGUAAUACCAUGUUUUCCAUUUUCCUUGUUUCCUCCCUGCACUACAUGCACAUCUGCACAAUUUGAAUAUGUAAUAAAGCAGAGUGGCCGUGGGAGCCCUUUUGGUCGGUCCCUUUGAUAAUGUUUCUUGCCCCGGCACUUGGUCUCUCUGUCAGUUCACAGGAACCUGCUCCCUUUUCAAUGGGCCUGUCAUGCCUCAUUCUCUUCCUCCCAUUUUUUUUUAACAAAGCAAAACAGAGCUUUGUACCAUCUGAAUGAACUUCAAAGUGGCUAGAAAGGGCACCCAGGGUUCCUGGCACUUGUCAUUGUCUCCCAGCCUGGCCAACAUUUCCCUUCAGGUCUAAUUAUUUCCAAAUGGUCCUAGAUGCUUUGAAGAAACUUGGAGGGAGGGGGAGGCAUGAAAGAAAGGUGUAAGAGGAAAAAGAAGACUCAAAGCAGAGGGAGCAGAAUGCUUUACCAAAAAAGUAGAUUGAUUUCUUAUAUGACACCCAAACAUAAACAGGGAAUGUGUGCGGCCACUGGCAGUGGGGAAUGUGAGAGCACUGUGUACAGCUGCCGCUCUAAAUCCUCCCUGUGGAAAGCAAGCUCUUCUGGUGCUUGACAGGCUAUAAAAGGCAUACCACAGCAAACCAAAAAACCAUUAAAAUAAUGUUUAAAGUUUAUUGCUUUAGUGGAUUAAGUGUGGACUGAGCCUACCUUCCAUGGGACUGUCUGUAUCUUGGUUCAGGUGCUGUGUCAGGCUUACUCAUGUCAAACAAGUCAGAGGCAGACUGUAGCUAGAGCUGCUUUGCUGAAUUUAUGCAGGAUAUAUUGGGGGGAAACCAGAAGCCAUUGCUAAUGAUAGGUGGGGAAAUACUUGUGCUGGUGUUUUUGAUUCCCAGGGUUAGAAUAAGCAGUGUGGUUUGAAGGAAGCUGUUGCAGUGUGCCUUCAGAUGUGCUUGUCCUUAUUUUUUGAAGAGCACAGGAGACACCAAAUAGUGCCAAUUUGCUUAGCUGUUCUGAUUCUGCCAGUUUCAUAAAGAGCAAGCACUGUAACUGUCACCUGCAAGUACCUGAGGUGGGAAAACAGAAGUAGUUUAGGGAUACAAGCAGCAAUAUCAGUAUUCUUGGGGCAGUUUCAUGGGUUAAGUGCAGGGAUGAGGACUAGACUUCAUAUUGCUGACUGUGAGUUCUCUCAGGCAGUUCUGCCUGUGCUUGACCCUUGUGCGACUCAGCCACACAUCGAACCCAAUACAAGCACAAGAAUGAAAAAUCAGUACCUUUAACAGCUAGAUCAGAGGUCUUAUUCCUCCUCCCUAUGCAAAGAAGAGUUAGUUUUAGCUGUUGCUGCUAUUAAAAUGCUGCUUUGCUACUAAUGUCCACAUCAGCAAUUCUCUUGAGUCAAUGCUUGUGUGUGUCAGCGAAGGGAACUCGAGCCUUUUUAUGGCAGCAGCUUUGGGACCUGUGUCAGUAGGAGUCAAGAGAGGAGGGAGAGAUGAGGAUCUGAAAUCUGGAAAAGGCAAGAAAGUAGGACUGAAUUCUUUAAGGGGGACAAGAUGCCCUGACAUUUAAAACUGCAGGCUGUUCACUAAGCUGCUUGCUACAAGGAUUUCGGCCCUGCUGCAGAACAAUACCUGCAGGUACCUGAUGAGCUAGUUUUGUUUCAGUAUCACUUCUGCUGUAAUAGCUGAACUCAUCCCUGGGGUUUUGGGGCAUUCAAAGGUAGCAUUAGUUGCAUUUUUUUGCUAUUGCCUUUUUUUACCAAUGGUUGUGGGGCUGAAGGCUGAACUAGGUUAGUUUCUUCACAGGGUGCGUUGCACAGCUGCACAAACAGUUGUCUUGGCUGAGUGGCAGAGGGCUGCUGGGGACUGCUUAAGCUGGUACUGUCAUCAGAAUGUGUAUUAAACUGCGGUUUUCAUGAGGUUUCCAAGUGGCUGGUGUCCUGAGGAAUGACCCUGAUAGCUCCUGGCUGAAAAGAGUACAAGGACCUACUGAGCCUCAGCCUGCCACAGCUGUCCCUGGGAACAGGCCUGCUUGCUGCUGAUCCCACAGCAGGAGUGCAGGCCCCGAGCCAUGGCCCGUCAGUGGUGCUCCUGCAGGGGCCACGCACUUCCCAACAAAGCCACUUGGGUUGUGUGGGUCCUGCCCACAUGUGUGAGGUUUCUUAUUUCAUAGCGCCCCCCUGCUCCCCACCCCUCUUCCCUUCCCCCCACCGCCAGAGGGGCCAGGCUGUCCCGUGAUGUGGGAUUCUCACACAUGCUGUUUGUUAUUUUGUCCUUUUUUCCUUUCCUCCUACAAAGAUUUAGAGAAGAG